AUGCGUUUUGGCGACAACUCACCUAUAGGCUGCCGUAGCAGUGGGGACACGUGCCCUACUAAGGCAAGCUGUGCGAGCUUUGCAAACAAAGAAAAGUACGCCCCCCAAUACCCAAACGUGAAAUGUGAUCGCGGCCGGCCCUCCUGUGGCUGGUGUGGUCGCAACGGCGCGACGUGCGAAUACAGGGAGCGCAAAAAGCCAGGUCUGAGAGCAGGAUACGGAAAGGAAUUGGAGCAGCGGCUUGAUCACCUCGAAGCCAUAUUGGUCUCUCAUUCCAGAUUCCUCGAGACCAUCGGACACGCGCCGCCGGAUGGUAGGGAUCAAAGCCUGCCUGGCGAGCGCAGCACGCCGGGCCAAUCUACGCACCUGUCUAAGCCACAGGAUCAGCUGCAGAGACCACAAACUGAGGCCAACUUGUUCCUGGCGGAGCAAGCCUCGUUUACUCCUCCUAGCUCUGAAAAUGCCCAAUUCAACCUCAGUCAGGUCCCCAUGAUGCACGACGGCUCUCAGCAGCGGCCAAUGUCCACCAUGUCGGCCACAUCACAUCCAAGUUCCGCUGCGCAAGAAUUCUACCAGCAUCCACCGGCAAACGCACCUCACCAUGCGGGCUCCCAAGGGGCAGACCAAGAUCUGCCUCCAUACGACCUCGUUUACUCACUAGUGGACCUGUACUUUAAGAACAUCAACACCUGGUGCCCAUUUCUUCACCGGAAAACUACAUUGGAUAGUCUGUUCGGGCCAUCUGCGCUACAGGAGGCUGACCUUGUCCUGCUUCACGCAAUCGUUGCCACUACCAUGCGAUACUCCACGGACGGGCGACUUACAGAGGAGAGGCGAAGAAACUACCACAAAAUUUCUAAAGAAAAGGUUAUUCUCUACGGCAUGGAGAACUCAUCCGUCAAAUCACUACAAGCCUUGGUCAUUUUAGCGCUAGACUUGUGCGGAAGUAGUAAUGGCCCUCCUGGUUGGAACAUCAUGGCCCUCAUCACGCGCUCUGUGGUGCAGCUCGGACUGGCUGUUGAGACCACAUCAUCCAUGGUUUCACCAGGCUUUACAUCCAUCUACACGCUGAGAGCUAUGGUUCUCCCCAAGUCCAAAUAUUUCAUUGAAGAUGAAUCUCGGCGGCGCUUAUUCUGGAUGAUAUACCUUUUGGAUCGGUACGCUACUAUUGCGACAGCUUUCGAAUUCGCUCUCGAUGACAGGGAAAUCGACAGGAGUCUUCCUUGCCGUGACGAUCUCUGGAUGGCAAACCGCAAAGUCGAAACCCCAUGGUUUACAACAAAAAACUCUCCGGAGGCUGCACGUCGCAAUGAUAAAAGUGCCACCGAGUUCCUCGGCGCCUUUUCAUUUUACAUUGAGGUUCUUGGGAUCCUCUCCAAGAUUCACAAGUUUCUGAAGCAACCCGUAGAUAUCGGAGUCGCUGGGGAUGUCGAACGAUGGCAACUUCGGUAUAAAGAACUAGACAAUAUGCUGACAUCUUGGAAGUAUGGCCUCCCAGCCGAAUUUAGCGACAUGACGAAGAUUUUCCAGCCCGGUAGCCGCAGCUUGAGCUGUACCUGGGUAAUGCUUCACGCAACAUAUCACACAACGGUCAUUCGACUCCAUUCGUCAGCCGCGUAUCCAACGACGAGAUCGCCCAUCUUUACCCCAUCAUAUAACGCAUCGCAACGGUGCCUCGGUGCAGUUGAAAACAUUGCCGCUCUAGCCGAGUUCGCUUCCACAAAUGGAUACCUGGCGAGGUUGGGGCCGCCGUUCGCAUUUAGCGUUUGGGUGUCUGCACGCCUGCUGCUCGUGCACGGAUCGACCGUCGAACGCAAACUCUCGCCCCAGAUUGCCUUCUUUGUCGACACACUGCGGGCCUUGGGGGCCUUUUGGCCCGUCGCCCAAAGAUACUGCAACUUACUACAGAGAGUCCUGGACGAGCAUAGGGACAGUGAGCAAAAGGGCGACGGAAUUACGCCAAGCUCGGUCAGAAUUUUGGCAGAUAUGAGGCGUACCGCGUUUGACCUAGACUUUCUCAUCUCACGCCAACCACGGCACGGAUCACACACGACGAGCGGCGUUCCAAGCGCUACGCCAUCGAGAGCUCCAGCAGCGAACGAGUUAGAGUAUCUCGACGUGUUUGACUUCUUCAACGUCCCACGUCUGCCUCUUUCGGGGGACGCCUUGGUCUUGUCCAGCGAGGCGGUGGCGCUACCAGAAUUGCACACGACCAAUAGCGCCAACCCGCAAGCUGGCAUAGCUACCGAUUUUAACAUAACAAACUUUAUGAUGGACGUAAAUAGCGACUGGUUCAAGCAGGAAGGUGAACCAUUCUUGACACAAGCUUGA